ACUGUCCUUAAACCAAUCUGAUAAAUUAACGAUAGAAAAAACGCUUCACCCAUCAAAUGUGUUCUUUGACCUCUAUUACGCACACGAUGGCGUAAUUGGAAACCUAUCUGUUGCGCGGGGUAGCAGCAGGGACGUUAGCUCGGUCGCGGCACGGCCCCAACUGCAAUUUUUUUACGCUGGUAUUUUCCUAUAGUACCUUAAUGCAACCUUCCUCCAAAUGAUGACGUGCAAUUUCAGCGACAUUUAACGUGUUUUAGCAAGUUGGCUAAGGAAUCCAUGCUGUAAAUAAGGACUCAUUCACAAGUUGGUUAUUAUAUAUUCGAUGACGAGAUGACUGCGGAAAUAAUCUUGGCUUUGAAUAUACUCACGAAACCGCAGGACGAUAUGUCUGAAUGUAAUGCUCAAAUCUCAAGGGAGGAGGCGUUUUCAUCAGCACUGCAGGCAAACAGAGGUGUUCUCCUGGAGAGGCUGCACAGUGAUAAAAGCCUGCAGGAGGCGAGGAGGCUCAGGGAGGACGUGAUGGCUGUUGCAACCUGGUUGUUAAAUGAUUCUGAAGAUGUGACUUGGGGCUUUGUCCAGGAAUGUCUCCUCCUGCUGCUCAGCUUAUCACUGCACCUUUCUGCUCAGGUCAAGCUUUUCAGACAAACAUCUACCCCCUCUGCCAAAUUACGCACCCCUGAGAUGGCUCCCCCCUUACCACCAGAUGUCCUCAGUUUCACUCAACAGAAAACAGUUGGGGCAGCCCUUCAGUUUGUGAUUUCUUUAGGACUUUGUCCUUACUUGGCUCCAGGUGUGGGUGUGCCACUGGGUCACAGGUCUGCAUUUGGUGCAAUGGUGGAAAAAAUCGUAUGUAGUCAAACAGCUGUUGAGGGACCACACCGUCUCCUGACAACGACGACUAUAUUGUUGCGCUUUGCUGAACUGUCGUCACUCGCCACACUGGUGUUCACCCGGCACCUGGGAGAUCUGAUGGCGGCACUUUGUCAGCUUGGCUAUCAGCCGCAGCAGUCCAAGGCAAGCAGCCCAAAGGAUGUUCAGGUGCUUAGUGAAGAGGAACGUAGAAACGUUCAGGAGGCUCUCCAAAAUCUUCUGGUAAAAGUGUAUCAACCAGUUGUUAUAAAGGAACUUCUUAUUUUACAAGGUGGAGCCAAACAGAGUGGUACAGUAAGAAGCUCCAGUGUUUCAAGAAGAAGGACAGCUCCUGGAUGGUUGAAGCGUCUGUGUGGUCAGUUGUUAUCUGAGUGUCUGAUGCAGCCUCACGGGGUCCAGGCUGUAGUCAGAGCCAUCCUGGAGGGAGGAACAGGGGCUGAGUCAGAUUGGAAGAAAUGUGACAGUAUAGCCAAGAUUCUCACAACAUGCCCACAGCAGUCUGCGUCAGCCAACACUUACUAUAAGCAAGUCUGUUUUCAGAUCCUUGAGCUUUUGCACCUCAAAGACAAGCUUACAGCCCAACAGUUUCAAUGUGUGGCUACCCGGGCAACUCUCUAUUUGGUGCAAGAGAAGACCAGUUUUGCUCAGCCUUACUUGAUCUUUCCUCUGUUGGAUCCUCUCUACCGUUGCAUCACUGCUGCCGAUGUUUCCUGCCAAGUUGCUGUAGAAGAAUGGGAGAUAACGCAAUGUGUUGAGGACAUCAACAAGAUCUGGGUUGUGGGCAACAGCCCGUCAGCUCCCCUUCUCAGGUCUUUAGAAGAAGUUCUUCCAGUUGUCUUCACACUCUUCUGUUUCACGAAGCAAAAUUUCUCCAACCUACGAGCCCCAUGUCAGGAUAUUUUAUUGUGGUAUCUGCGUCAUGCUGAAACCUCAUCAGUCCUCUCACUACUCAGGGAGCUCUCAGGUUUACAUUGUCAGAAAAAUGAUGUAGCAACAAGUUUCAAUUUCACUGCUGGUAGCAAUGGCGGAGUCCAACUCAGCUGCAAAGACUGCUUCAGUGAUGAGGAUGAUGCGCUGUAUGAGAAGCUUUCAGGGGAGCAGUUGAGGCUAGAGGGUCUGAUGCACCUGUUGGCUGAACUGAAAGACGGUGAUGUGCCUGGAGAUUUCUUCUUGGAUUUGCUUCAGGAGCUAACCAGCUGGACAGCAGUAGCAGCAGAAGAAGAGGAGGAAGAUGGACAGCAAUUGGACUUAUCGGCCAUGACACUCCUGGAGGUGGAGCAGCAGCAACAGAGUCAUGCUGCUCGGGAAGGUCACGUGCUGGCUUUGCUUCAUGUGCUGGCCAUAAUGGUGGAGUCCAUUCCACAGACUGUGAUAUUAAGGAAAAACAUACAGGUGGUAGACUUCAUUGUGGCAUUGCUUCAGAGGGGAUGCAUCGGUCUGGUUCAAGCAAAUGGUAUUAUUAUUGGAAACCCAGUAGACACCCAAACCCUGAGUAUGGGAAUGGGCCUGGUGGCAACUCUGCUAUCUGGACCUCAGCUCAGUGCUGAGGUCUACUCCUCCAUGUCACGACUGCUUCAGCCACUUGGAACUUUGUCCCAGCAACACCCAGAGCUGUUUGUUAAGGAACUGGCCUCAAAUUUGAGAGCAGUCAUUGCUACCCAUGGUGCCUACCAACCUGAUAACUUCACAAACUGUGCUUCCCCAGGCUUGAAAGACAAUGAGAUCUUCCCCAAGAGCAACAAUUUGCCUUCAAAAAAAAGAGACAAGAUUGAACCAAAUAAAUCACACCCCUGUCCUCCAUUAUCCCUAUCUGUCAACAACCUUAAACAAUCGCGUAUCCAACAACCAGAAUGCUCUGGGGACUCUGUGGCACCUGACAUUUCAUGUUCCUCUGAGACCUUUUCUAAUUUGCUACUCGAGGCAUGUGACCCUGAUAUUCCUACCAGAGCAUUUGCCUUGAGGAAUUUGACCAAAAUGAUUCAUUCCAGAGACAAAGAAACUGUGCAAGCCCAGGAGAAAGUCCUAACUCUCUUCCUUGAAAACCUGGAACAUGAGGACUCCUUCGUCUACCUGUCAGCCGUUCAAGGACUUGCUUCAUUGGUUGAUUCGUAUCCUGAGAGAAUCCUGAAAAGGCUCUUAAAAGACUUUCAACAUGGUCCAUCACUCUCUACAUCCAAAAUGGACCGCUCCUUGGAAUUUCGCCUUAAAAUAGGAGAAGUCUUAAUGAGGGCAAGCAGAGCUAUGGGGGAGUUGGCACCCUACCUGGGUCAGUCCCUUUUGGUGGGGUUUCUGAGAGGAACCAGAGACCCUGACCAAAGCGUCAGGGCCAGCAGCCUCUCUAAUCUGGCAGAACUGUGCCAGAGACUGGACUAUGGUCUCGGUCUGCUGGCUCAAGAGCUGAGCUCCUGUCUAACAGCUCUGAUAAAGACAGAGAAGGAAGCAGAGGUGAGGAGAGCUGCUGUCUAUGUGAUAACCCUGCUGCUCCGAGGCCUAAGUGACAAAACCACCGAGAUCCUCAGUGAUGUUUUGCUGGACCUGUACCGAGCUCUAAAGUGGGUGGUUCGAUCUGACUCAGAUGAGGUUGCCGUGCUCCACGCCCAGCAGGCUCUAGAAGAGCUGGACGACAUUAUGCGAAGCCUCAUCUUCCCCAAACAAAAGUUGGAGAAGAAAAUCGUUGUGCUGCCAUAAAACUUAAGUGUUACAGGACAGUAUUACUUUCUUUACCACCAGCAUAAUGUUGAACUCAAGGGGACAUAUUUAUGGCUAAGAUGGCUAAGAUUUAUGGCAUAUUUUUUUUUUUUUUUUUUUUUAAUCAGAACUGAUGGACCGACAAUGUCAAUUCAGUUGUAGUUUCAACCAUACAAGAGUUCAAGUGUUUGUCUUUUUUUUCUUCAAUUUUUCUUUGUGUUCUUUUUCUUGGAAAGAACCAAUCCUGAAAAAGCUUAUUGAUGGUUGAACACCACAAAAAGUCAAAUAUAAUAGUCCCCUUGUUGUAGUGUAAAAGGGGCUUAGGUCACAAAAAUGAAUCCAAUAUCUCAAUGUUAUGAAUUACAUAUGAUAAUUUGAACUUGUGGUAUAUAUUUUAGCUAGACUCAUGGAAGUUGAUACAAAUGAUAUGCUUUUGUGGGCCACAUGGAAUGGUGUUUUUUUUCCCCCAUUUUAUUAAAAUUUCACACUCCCCAAAAAUAUUGAAGAGAACAGCGUUUGUCAAAACAAUGAAUUUGUACUUAUGGAAAAACAAACUAUGUUCACAUUAUGAUGACACUGUGUGUUACAGUUUGUAAAAUCUAAAAUCAGCCCUACUUUUUAGUUUCUAUAUUUUUUAACAACUGAAAUUAUUGGACUAAAGAUAUAUUUGAAAUGAAUUAACAUUAGUAAUAUACUGUAUUUCCCCUUCUUUCUUGAGCUGGAUCUGCAUGAGGAGUUUGAAUGUUUGGAAAUGUGAUGUAAUCAGUCCAUUAGAAAUGUCCCUUGGAACACAGUCAUAAAUUUAUACUGAAUUGUGGAAGUUGGGGGUGACUACUCUAAAUAAACACCCAAAUGACUUCUUGGGUUUGAACAGG